UCUGUCUCUGUUUUCAUAUAUAGAACAAAUUUCACACAUUCAUAUACACGGAUUGAGAGACAAAUAUAGAGAUCAGAUCUUAGGUAAAAUUGAAGAAUGAAGGCAUUGAACAGUGGAGGAGAUCUAUUGAAAUCAUCAUCUACAUUCAUUAAAAUCUCUGUAUUCAUAUUCAUAUCACUGGCUUUCUUCUACUUGGGCAAGCGCUGGUCCGAUGGCUCUCAACAACUCAUCUUCUUCAACUCUCACCAAUCACCACAGACCCCCUCCGUUUCUCUCUCCCCUAAUUUCAACUACACUUUUAAUCUCUCUUCCCUCGUAAACCAGUCCGUUUCAUCCCAGAUCCAAACGCUACCUUCAAUUCCGCCACUUUCAAAUCCACAAGCAAACUCAGAUGAGCAAUUACUUGCUCCGCCGGUUCUUCCACCGCCGCCGGUGGUACAGAGGAUGGGAGUGGUGGACGAGAAUGGAGUGAUGACGGAUGAUUUUGAGAUUGGCGAAUUCGAUCCUGAUUCGUUCGAGAAGUGGAAUGAGACUGAAGAGGCGGUUGAGGAAGUAGGGGCUAGGGUUAGUGUUAAGAAGUUUCGGCUGUGUCGGGAGAGUAUGAGGGAGUACAUACCGUGUUUGGACAAUGUGGAGGCGAUUAAGAGGUUGAAUUCGACGGAGAAAGGGGAAAAGUUUGAGCGGCACUGUCCAGAGAAAGGUCACGGCUUGAAUUGUUUGGUUCCGCCACCUAAGGGGUACCGACCUCCAAUUCCGUGGCCUAGAAGCCGCGAUGAGGUAUGGUUCAGCAAUGUGCCCCAUACGCGGCUAGUUGAAGAUAAAGGUGGUCAAAAUUGGAUUACUGUGGACAAGGAUAAGUUUAAGUUUCCAGGAGGUGGCACACAGUUUAUACAUGGGGCAAAGCAGUACUUAGAUCAGAUUGAAAAGAUGGUCCCUGAAAUUGCUUUUGGUCGUCAUACUCGAGUUGUAUUGGAUGUUGGAUGUGGUGUGGCAAGUUUUGGUGCUUAUUUGUUAUCGAGGAAUGUGCUCACAAUGUCGAUAGCUCCAAAGGAUGUUCAUGAGAACCAGAUUCAAUUCGCGCUUGAGCGUGGUGUCCCUGCAAUGGUUGCAGCUUUCGCAACUCGGCGUCUAUUGUAUCCGAGUCAGGCUUUUGACUUGGUUCAUUGUUCAAGAUGCAGAAUUAAUUGGACUCGUGAUGAUGGGAUUUUACUGCUUGAGAUCAACAGGAUGCUCCGGGCAGGAGGAUACUUUGCUUGGGCAGCACAGCCUGUUUAUAAGCAUGAAGUGCUCCUGGAAGAACAGUGGGAAGAGAUGGUUAACCUCACCAAUCGUCUUUGCUGGAAUCUUGUGAAGAAGGAAGGGUACAUUGCAAUAUGGCAAAAGCCAUUUAACAACAGUUGUUAUAAAAACCGCGAGGCUGGAACCCAACCACCUCUGUGUGAACCUAAAGAUGACCCGGACAAUGUUUGGUAUGUAGGUCUGAAGGCCUGUCUUACUCGACUACCUGAGGACGGAUAUGGAGCAAAUGUUACAACAUGGCCUGCACGCCUGCAGAAUCCUCCUGAUAGACUCCAGAGCAUUCAAAUCGAUUCCUAUAUUUCUAGAAAGGAGCUUUUUAAGGCAGAAUCGAAAUACUGGAAUGAAAUAAUAGAAAGCUAUGUCCGUGCUUUACAUUGGAAGAAAUACAAACUUAGAAAUGUACUGGACAUGAGAGCUGGGUUUGGAGGAUUCGCAGCAGCGUUGAUUGAAAACAAAUUGGACUGCUGGGUUCUGAAUGUUGUUCCUGUUAGUGGGCCCAACACCUUACCUGUUAUAUAUGACCGUGGACUUCUAGGAGUUAUUCAUGACUGGUGUGAACCAUUUGAUACAUACCCGAGAACCUAUGAUCUAUUGCAUGCAGCUGGUCUCUUCUCUAUUGAACGAAGAAGAUGCAAUAUCUCUAGCAUCAUGCUUGAGAUGGAUCGGAUUCUGAGACCUGGAGGGCGUGUGUACAUCCGUGAUUCUAUUGCUGUCAUGGAUGAACUUCAAGAGAUUGGGAAGGUCAUGGGUUGGCAUGUGUCUUUGCGCGACACAUCUGAAGGCCCUCAUGCAAGUUAUAGAAUCUUAACUUGUGAUAAACGCCUCUUACGCUCUUGAGGCAUUGGGAUACAGAAUUACAUUGGACGUUAUCAUUACUCCUCUUGACAUUCCUGCCAAGAACAAUGCAAGUAAUUUGUCUGGCACCAUUGCAUAGGGAUUACUCCUCGAACUCUCGCCAUUCUGCAGAGAAGCGGGGAAAAGUAUGGUUGCUGAAACCUCAGUACAGGUAACAAUUUGUUGACCGUGCAGCAUAAUGUUGCAACUCAUGUAUAGAAUAGUGUGAUUGAGCCUCAUUUGACUACAGUUCAGAAAAAAAAAGGCAUUAUUUGAUUACCCUGUAUGAGUAGAAAAUACAUGAGGGUUUUAUAGCUCCUAACCUAACACAGUUGUUUCUUACCCAAUUGAUUAGGAAAUACAUACAAAGCUUCAAUUCUUCACUCUGUGCUUGUAUUAUUAUUGCCCACAUAUGCAAGGUUCUUCAAAUGGCUAUAUAUGCUCGGUUAAAGCACAAUUGAUCAUUUUGUCG